AUGCGAAUAUCGGAUAUCGACGACGAGAAGAAUGGUCUGUUGCUGCUCAAGCCAUUAGAAUACGCGCUAGAUCAUUUUCAAAUCAGCUUCAUCCGUGAUGAGAUGGACGUUUUCCGCUUGAAGUUGUUCGAUCAUUCCAUUAAUGACACACGUAUCAUCGAUCUUAAAGACCGCAGAGGGAAUGACCGUGUCGCUGGCAAAGAAAAGACGCACAUUCGACGUGGUGACGACUUUUGGUAA